AUACUAAGUAACUUGUACUAUUGCACUAUCUAUGGAUUCUCUAAGUAGUGUAUGUAGUGUAAGUACUGUGUACUGAGACAUUACGCUAUUCAUAUAAUUAUUAUUGUACUACACUAUGAUUAUUAUUCUAUGGAUUCUGUAUCAGCAGUAUGGGUUAUAUAUUCUACACUAUCCAACACUCUGCACUACACUAUACUCUGCACUACACACUAUACUCUACACUCCAUACUCUACACUUUAUACUCUACACUCAGUACACUCAGUACACUCCUGUUCUUUAGGGACUGUAUAGAGUCACUCGCACCUAACUAAAUUUUCAAAGGCCGCUAAAAUAACACCAUAGUACCAACUCUAUCAUCACUAUCACCAAUACAAACAAUGGCCACUGGAGCACCUGGGGGCAAUUUUAGACGUUGGACUCCAACUCCACCAGAAAGAGGUUCAUUCCCAUUAGACCAUUUUGGAGAAUGUACUGAAUAUAUGAACAGUUACUUAAAGUGUAUGAAAUUCACGCAAAAUCAGAAUGCACCUAAUUGUCGAAUUUUAGCCAAACAGUAUUUGAAGUGCAGGAUGGAUAAUCAGCUCAUGGACAAAAGUGAGUGGGAGACGUUGGGUCUCACUAAUCUACCGGGGGAUAUACCGACCGAUAAGACUACCACUACCACUACCACUACCACUACCAAUAGUGGUGGUGGUGAUACAGGCACUACUUAA